UUUCUCUGGUUCUCUUCUCUUUACUAUCAUACAUCAUCUAUCAUGCUUAUAUUUUUCACUCGUAUCAUAUAUCUCAAUCACUAGUGUUAAACAGACUUUUGAGUUUCCAAAAAAUAUCCACGUAUUAGAAGGUUUUCUGCAUUUUCUCUGGGGUUUUCUUUUCUGGACAUACUAAGUGACCAGAAUGACGAACCACAGGGACCAUAAGAACUUUGUGAUCGAUAUAAGGAAGAAGCUGGAGGAAGCAGGGCCACCAAUAACUAAAGAGUGUAGCAUAUACAGAGUGCCCUUUGAUAUCCGCAAACACAACGAAGAUGCAUACACCCCAAAGAUUGUUUCUAUAGGCCCUCUUCACCACAACAAUCAUCACCGCCUUCAAAACAUGGAAAGACACAAACUUGUUUACUGCAACGCAUUUCUUGAACGAACCCAAACAAGCUUAGACACCUGGAUCCGCUACAUAGAAGAGAUAGAGCCUGACUUUCGCCGCUGUUAUUCAGAAACGCUUGGGUUCAGCAAGGAGGAACUGGUGAAUAUAAUCGUGGUGGAUUCUGGUUUUAUAUUUGAGCUUUUCUGGAAAGACCGUUACAACGAAUGGUCGGGGAACGACACCUUUCUUUUAAUUCCCUUGAUAAGGGACACUAUAGCAGUAGAUUUGUUGCUAUUUGAGAACCAGAUUCCAUUUCAUGUUCUCACCCAUCUUUUCAAUCUCUCUCUCACAUCUGUUGCUGGUAACAAUGCCAUUCCUUCAUUUAUUGAACUUACGUUUCUCUAUUUUGAAUUUUACAACACACCUGAGUUGAAAUUCGAUGAUAAUAAUAUUAGCAUAAGUCACUUCACGGAUCUAAUCAGAACUUUCCACUUGCAACAUCCUCCGGAAAGACGACCUCCUAGGACUACUAAAUUGCUGAAACAUGUUCCUACUGCUAAUGAGUUGUCAGAAGCAGGUGUCCACUUUAAGGUUCUUGACAGCGUCUGUUUGCUAGACUUGAAAUUUUCAGGAGGAGUUCUUCGAAUGCCGCAGUUGAAAGUGGAAGAUCGUACGGAAGUUUUGUUUCGGAACAUGGUGGCUUUGGAACAGUGUCACUAUCCUCAUGAAUCUUACAUCACAGACUAUGUUUCUCUUUUGGACUUUCUUAUAAACACCAGCAGAGAUGUGGAUACACUGGUCCAACAGGAAGUACUGGUGAAUUGGACAGGAGACACUGAUUCUGUGGUCAAUCUGUUCAAUAGUCUCGGCAAAAAUAUUACACAGUCAAACAUGAAUUUAAAUUACUGGAGUGUGAGCCAUGGCUUGAAUGGUUUUUAUCAUAAUAUUUUUAAUAAGCUGAAAUCCACUCUGAGACGUGAUUAUUGCGACAGUCCUUGGCAAACUGCUGCUACUAUUGCUGCGAUUGUUCUUCUUGUUCUCUCUGUGAUUCAAACAGUGUGUUCUAUUAUGAGUGUGAUACCGCAAGAAUAGAUUUGUCUUGAAGACCUGGUAAGUUCAGUUAUUGUUACAAUGCUAAUUGUUGUGAGUGUUUUUUUAAUCAUUUCAAUUUCGGUGUUUCAAUGGUUUUUUCACUUGGAGUGUUGUAUCUGAUUAUUCUUAUCAUUGCUAAGCAUAAAGCUUUAGUGAUGCUCUUAAAGAAUAUUUAUGCAGAAGAUGAUCUAAUCUAAUGUAGUUAAUCCCUCGGACUGCAGAGUUGUGAAAUAAA